GUGGUAUGCUUCCAUUUCGAAAGCGUUGGGUGGAUAAUGUCUGAAAUGUUAAAAGUGAAGAGAGUAGUGUUACAUUCUCGCCCUGGGAAAAAUGGGCAGCCAGCUCCUGAGAAUUUCCACGUUGAAGAAACAUCUCUCUCUACCGAUUUGAAACAUGGAGAGCUCCUGGUUCGAACGUUAUACCUCACGGUUGACCCAUACAUGCGUUGCCGUAUGAAUGAGGACACAGGAACUGAUUAUCUGUUGCCAUGGAGACUGUCUGAGUGCAUUGAUGGCGGAGGAAUUGGAAUAGUGGAGUCCAGUAAAAGUGAGGCAUUUGCUGAAGGUGACAUUGUCACCUCGUUCAACUGGCGCUGGCAAUCCCACGAUGUGAUGGAUGGUAGCCAUUUGCAGAAGGUUGAUCCUAGAAUGGUUGAUGGACAUUUGUCCUAUUUCCUGGGAGCUGUUGGCAUGCCUGGCCUCACUGCACUUCUGGGAGUAAGAGAAAAGGGUCAUGUGAUUCCAGGAGCCAAUCAGACAAUGGUGGUUAGUGGCGCUGCAGGGGCUUGUGGGUCAUUAGCUGGACAGAUUGGCAGAUUGGAAGGAUGUGAGAGAGUGGUGGGGAUCUGUGGAUCAGAUCAGAAGUGUCAGGCCUUAGUAUCAGAGCUGGGUUUCACUGCAGCAGUGAACUAUCGCAAGGGAGACGUCCACUCAGCACUAAAAGAGAAUUGCCCCAAAGGAGUGGAUAUCUAUUUUGACAAUGUGGGAGGUACUAUUAGUGAUACUGUCAUAUCACAGAUGAACAAAGAUGGUCAUGUGAUCCUGUGUGGCCAAAUAUCCCAGUACAAUAAGGAUGUGCCUUACCCACCUCCUCUGUGUGAUGAGACUCAAGAGGCCCUGAGGAGCAAAAACAUCACUCGGGAACGGUUUAUGGUACUGAACUACAUGGAUAAGCAUGAAAAGGGCCUAAUACAGCUGAGUGAUUGGGUCAAGACUGGGAAAAUCAAGGUUCUGGAAACCAUAAUGAAUGGACUAGAAAAUAUGGGAGUGGCCUUUUGCUCCAUGAUGACUGGAGGCAACAUCGGAAAGCAAAUAGUGAAAAUUUCUGACUGAUACAUGGCACAUUGUCACAACUGCAUAGAAGGAUGCUGGAGGGUUUCUCCUCCUGAGGUUUUUAACAUUUCUCC